UAAUAUACAAUAAAAUUAUGAACACGACUCACGACUCACGAGUACCUAAAAAUAGAGUGGAUAAUGUUUCCGUGUUAGCUAUCGUUUGAAGAUUUUACCAUGGCGAUGGCAUAGCACAUAAAUCGGCUAGUAAUAUCUAUGAUAUUUAUUACUUAUAUGGAGAUAUAAUUUCGAUUCAAUUUCAAAAAACUAGAGAGUUGAAAGUAUAAAUAAAUAUUGUAUUAACCAUUCAGGCGUUUAAUAUGAAACAUACGAUGCGUACCUACUAUAAAAUAAAAACACAACAAUAAAUAACCGUAACGCUGGAAUGACGAGGCCAGCAAGUUUAAACAUAUUUAAAAAUAUAGCACGCAUUAAGCAUAUUUUACAAUUUUGAAUCAUAAAAAUAUAAUACCCACGAGUGUGGGCCGUCAAAGUAUAUCAAUAAACCUUGGACGUUAUCUGUAAUAAAACAUUAAACGGCGUCACUGAGCUCAGACUUAUUAACAUUGAGCGGACAACUCGUGAACCUGAACUGCGCUGAUAAAUGAUUACAAUAUGUCUUCGCGGAACAUAACAUAUUAUACACAAGUACAUCUAUUUACAAUAAUACAUUUCGAAGUCUGAACACGUAUCCGGAAUCGUAUUAAAAUGAUGAAUAAAUAUCACGGAAGUAUUUUUUGUGCAAAUUGGUUUUUAUUGUUGCGACGUUGGGUGUUUAGCCCACGUAAAAUGAUAAUAUAAUAUUAUGCGUGCAUCGCACGCGAUAUGCAUAUUAUGACAAAAGAGAUGAUGUUUUUUUCUAUUCUGGUUUUUAAUUUACUAUAAUGCACACAUACGCUAAAAUGUGUACGCCUUGUGCUUAUUAAUAAACAAUAAAAUUGCACAGACAUUUCAGCAUUAUUUUGUAUAGGUAGUAACAUUGAGCUUAUAGAUUUUACAUAUUUCCUAUAUUAUAUUAUUAUGCAGAAUGUAGAUCUAGAACAAUACUAUACAGUGUUUGACGAUAUUUUAAUUUAUAAAACAAUUGGUGUAAUGGUGUACCGUGAACACGUGUUAGUGUACAGCCGUACAGGCGGGCAUUUCAAUUAUUUUUUUAAGCUAUUGCAUCUGCAGCUGUUGCGCGCAGCUAGUCAACUUUUGCGAACGAGAUAUUACCUAUAAUAUUUUUUCAAAUACAUAAAUUAAUGUAGCACAAGUGGUGGCGAGUGGAUUGUCAAUUGGGUUCACAGUUCUUUACUAAAAUCUAAUUUUUGCUUAUAAAAAGUGUAUAUAGAGCUUAAUAGAUUUCGACGAUUGUGAAAAUGUAUACAUACUAGUUGCCGGGCCCGCAAUUACCGUCGGAGAGAAUGAUUUAAAGUUUACAGUCCGAAAUUGUGAUAUCCGUAGUUGUCCCACUGCAUUUGGCCUACGAGUCAUCAAAUUAAAUGUAGGCAAUGGCCAUAUGGGACAACUAACUGGUAACGAAUUUGCAGAAUCAGGGCUCCCACAUUGGUACCACAGCCAUUCCAGAGACCAUAAUAUUAUAUCUAUAUCACGCAUCAGACAGAGUGUGUUUUAUUUAAAAUUAUUAGGUGGAAAAUUCAGUGAUCGAACAGUAAAAAGAAAAAUGCCUUGUCGCUACCAACCGGGAAGCCUGCUGAGCCUAUCAGAGGACAGAGUCGUGUCAGAUCUGGUGCAGACAUGCUACCAGAUGCACGAGCUGGCCCGUCGCAACGGGUACACGUCACCGUCGCAGACGUUCGCGUUCGCCCGACACCGGAUCCGGCCGUUUUGGGCCGAGGCCGUCCCCGCGCGUGUCCGCCGCCAGUUGUUGACCAAGUGCAUGGCCGUGCUGGCGGAUGCAAUCCGCGAGGGCCACUCCGUCAGCGCGGCGGCGGACAACGUACCGUUGUACCUGCUUGGCGUAAUGCUGGACGGCGACGUCAGGGAACUGAGGGUUCAACUAUGCUGUUACUACGGGUGUAGCCACCAGACCGCUUUGCUCAAGCUGCUGGCGCAAGAGGCCCGGGGCCUAGAGUCUCUAGAGCUGGUCAGGCCGACGCUACUACGUUUAGAUACACAAUUAUUUCAGUCGGUAUUGUUAUCAAUGAGUAAUUUGAAACGUUUAGUUCUAAAAAAUAUAGCUUGCGAUAAAAUUCUCAAAACUAUUGGACAAUCAUGUUCUCAGCUGGAAAUACUAGAUAUAUCUCAUUCAAGUCAAGUAACAGAUAACGGUAUAAAACACCUUUUACUACAAAUUGAAAUUAAAGAUAAAACAAACAAUUUCAAUAAACGUAACAUUCAUUCAACAACAAAAAUAUCCUGGUGGCACGUUAUAAAAACACUAUCAAAAAAAAUAAAAAUUAAAACUGGCCGACGAAAUAAAAUAAACGAUUUUUCAUUUCUCCUGGAAUAUUGUCAAAAAUCAACAAAGCUGUGUUCUACAUUAAACACAUUAAAUAUAGCCAAUACUAGUGUCACUAGUAAUGGAAUCCUAAUAGCUUUACAGAAUAUACCAAAUUUAGAAACUUUAGGUGAAUACUGUCAUAUUGGAAAAGCUUUAGAAUUAUUGGAUAAAUCCACAAUACCGUCAACUAAACUUCAACUGACAAUGGCUAAUGCAUGUCGUACAACUUCCUCAAGACUACAAGUACUUUGCAACACAUGUACAAAAUUAAACAGACUGACUAUCACUGAGCCAUUGCAUUCGCCACUCAUGCUAAGUCAACUUCCAAAAACACUAACAAUUAUAAAUUUACAAAACGUUCCUACCGAGCACGCAUGGUUAGAUGGCUUGUACACAUUUCUUUUAGGGCCCCAAUCGCAAAUUCUACGAGAGUUGUUUUUAAAAUUUCGAAGAGACGAAGUUUCACUAACAAUUGACUUGAGUAUUUUCUUACCUCAAUUGGCCAAUCUCGAAACAUUAUCAAUUGAUGGAGUGGAAUCAUCAUUAUAUUCAAGUUCAUCAAAUAUUACAUUAAGAAAACUUGAAAAAAUCCAACUCAGUAAAGUCGACCAUCCAAAUACUUUGCAGCGAUUAAUAGAAUGUACACCAGAACUGAAAGUACUACAUGUCUAUACUUGUUUGGGAUUAAACAGCUUAAAUUUCAUAGAAUUACUUAAUUCUAAAGAUACGAUUCCGGCAAAACAAGUUUCAAAAAGUUUAAACUGCCUGUACAUUAAUGAUUUGCCACAUGGAAAUAUUAACACGGUUAAAUAUAUCAUAGAUUUGUGUCCAGAAAUAAAUAAAAUUGGUAAUAUUAGUAAUUGGGACAUUAGUCAAGAAGAGAUAAAAGAAUUGAAUAUGUGGAAACAUCAAAAUAAUUUUAAAUUAGAACUACAUGCAAAUUCUCAUUGGUUUUGUUCAGAAUGUUUUCCUAUUUUAUGAUAUUUCAUAAAAUAAUAAUUUAUUAAAUAUUUAAAUAUUGUUUUAUAAUAUGCAUAAAUAUAUUAGACAUUGUAAAACUAUUAGGCAGAUAUAUUGAAUGUUGCAUAAUGCUUAUUAUAUACUAUUGUAAAAUAUACAAUAUACAUAAUGUAAUAAUAUAUAGUAGGUAAUUAAUAAUUAUAGUCUUAUUGAUAUUUAAUAUUUAAUACUAAUAUAUAUAAUAUUCUACAAUGAAGUAGAAAAAAUCAGAUUUGUAAAAUCUGUAUCAGAUUAUUAAAAAAAAACUAUUGUUGUUGACUAAUAAUUGAUAAUUAUGUGACUACCUAUAUUAUAAAUUUAUUAUAACAAUAUAAUAGUUUUAUAUUUUAUUUUUGAA